AUGUCAAAAAAACAAGAGGAACGUCAACCAAAUCGUGAAUUUAAUCAUCGUGUCAAAUCGAUAACCGCAUCAAUAUUUACUCCAGCCGAACUUGAAUCUUUAAAAAAUGGCGGCAAUGCUAAAGCUGCAGAAAUUUGGCUGGCGAAAUUUAAAUGGAUGGAUUUUCCUGAAUCCGAUAAUGAUGAUAUAGAAUCAAUUCGUAAUUUUAUGUCAAUGAAAUAUGAAGAAAAAAAAUGGUUGGAUGAAUCACUUUUGAAAGCAAAAAAUAAGAAACCAUCAAACAGUGAAUAUUAUGAGAGUAAAGGAACUUUUACCAUUAACCCUCCAGCAUUGAAUAAUAAAUUUAAUAAUAGUAAUGGUAAUUUAAGUGAUGAUUCUUCAAGUCAAAAUUCUAGUUUAAAUGAUUAUUCACCUGUUUCACCCACAAGCAGAAAAUCAUCUUCAUCCAUCAGUGACUUGUCAGAUAAUAAUACAAACUAUUUAAAAUAUUCCUCUGAUUCAUCUUUUAACGACUCAAGUUUACCACCGCCACCGCCACCACAUAGUUCUUUGACUUCAAUUGCAAGUGAUAGUAUUCUCAAACCUAAACCAGCUUCUUCACUUUCAUCACCUAUUCUUGAUGAUCCUCGGUUUCUUAAUUACAAUAUAAUAAUAAUUUCUUAUAUACAAUUUUUAUUAAUAAUUAAUCAUCCAAAUACCAUUACAGCAUCAAAUUUACAUUCAAAACGUUCAAUUAACAACAGUAGUAGCAUAAAUGAUCCUUUCAGUAAUCUUUUGCCACCAACUAAAUCUGAAACAUCACGAAGAUUCUCACCUCAAAAAUUAGAUGAUAAUGAUAUUUUCAGUGAUUUCCAAACUGCUCCUGAUAAUAAUAAUUCACAGCAAACAAUUUAUUCAACGAAUUUAAAUUCUUACAGCAACACAUUUCCAAAUGGUUCUUCAAACGUUAAUCAAACAACAUCGAUAAAUCAAUUUAAUAAUAAUUUUGGUAACUUAUAUCAAGCACAACAAAAAUAUUCAUUCUUCCCUUCGUCUACUAUCACUAAUACUUCUAUAUCAAAUACAGAUAUGAAUUUAUUGCAGCAAAAACAAUUUAAUUACUCAAAGAGCAUGUCUUUUGAUAAUGUGUUUAGUGAUUUAGAUCCAUUACGUAAUAAAUAA